AUGGACCUGUCAUCUGUGGUGCUUUGUAUCCUGUUUGAAGUCCUGGCUGUAAGCUGUCAAGAGGUGGGACGGGGCCGAAUAGUGGGAGGAUAUGCACCAGUUCCACAUUCAAUCAAGAACAUUGUGUCGAUACAGACGACACAACGUCAGCACUUAUGCGGGGGCUCCUUGAUAAAUAAGUUGUGGGUAAUUACAGCAGCACACUGUAACAUCGGAUUAAACAAAAUGAUGAUAGUAGCAGGAGACUACUCUCUGACCAUCUUCGAGGGCACGGAGCAAGAAAUGCUUCCUCAACUUUUGUUUCCUCACCCUGAGUACAACACCACCACCACCAACAAUGACAUCAUGCUUAUAAAGCUGAGGGCCCCGGUCCAUCUGAACAGCUACGUCUCCAUCGCUCUGCUGCCCCGGCAGGGUGCCUCCAUCGCCGUGGGCAGAUUGUGUCGCGUGUCAGGGUGGGGAUACACCAGCGCCAGUGGAGGCCAGAUCCCCUCCACCCUGCGCACUGUCAUGCUGCCCAUCGUCUCCACAGAACAGUGCAACAGCAGUGAGUCUUUUGGCGGCAGCAUCACCGAAAACAUGCUGUGUGCUGGUUUCAGUGAUGGAGGAAAGGACGCCUGUCAGGGGGACUCUGGGGGUCCACUUGUAUGUGAGGGCCGGGUCUAUGGCUUGGUGUCCUGGGGGAAAGGAUGUGCUGAGGCCCAGUUUCCUGGAGUCUACACUGCUGUGUCCAAGUUCCGCAGGUGGAUAGAUAACACCAUAUUCAGCUACUACAAGUGCAACAAGAAUUAAAAGUUAAUGGUAGGCCUACUGAGAAAAAAAAACCAUUAAUAGGGAUUUAAAGUUCCUCAUUUCAAAUGCAGUCCUGUGAUUUAAGAUGUUGUGUGUUGUUCACAUUUUGGAAAAUACGCCUUUUCGUUUUCUUCCCAAGUUUCAUAUUUUAAAACUAAAUAUGAAAAGCUAGCCUCUGGUUAGCUUAGCUUAGCAUAAAGACACAGGAGGAAAAUGGGAAGGAUAACUCUGUCCAAAGGUAACAACAUGUGAAUACAUGCAGCUCUUGUUUAUUUAAUCUGUAGAAAAAACAAAGUGUCAAAAACGACAAGUUGUGGUUUUAUGAAGGUUAGUUAUGUGCCGGUUAUUUGUUGGUGCUAAAUUAAGCUAACUACGCUCUGGCUUCAUAUUGAUCACAUAAGCAGUAUCGAUCUAACUCGCUGCAAGAAAGCAAGAGAAGUGCAUUUUGCUAAAUAUCAAACUAUUCCCUUUAGUUCAAGUUGAAUUUGCAUGUCUGCUGUUGAUCUGUUUAAAACAUUUACAAAAUAAAAAAAAGUGAUGGAUAAUCCACAUUAACCCCUCUAGUGAAAAAGAAAAAGACAUUGACCACAUUUCCACAACUUCAAGAAUAAGGUGACAAUAGCGUUGCUUAACUUGUUAAAAAUCAGUGCUGUUGGAGAACAAUACUAUUCUAAAUUCUCGAUGUAAGUGCAUGAACAAUUUAACCAGAUCAACCGGCAUUUAAUGCUCAUAUCAGGUGAUUCACAAAUUAACAGCUGUACAAUACAAUGCAAUCCAAUACAGGCGCUUUGCAAAACAACACAACAUUUGCGAAGCAACGUUUAGUUUUGACUCAACCUCAAUAUCUUCAAGCAAAACAAUUUGAUGAUUAAAGUUUCUCAGAAAUGAGGAGUGGGUGAUUUUCCUUGUUUUUAUUCUAAAACUGCAUUUCACCUCGAAGCAAUUUGAAGACGUUUUCAUGUGUACCAAUUAUUUAAUUAAGAAAAUAAUUAUAAGAUUAUUUGAUAAGGAAAAUAAUAUAGUUGCAGGAAAUUGUUGAUUCAAUGGGCUACAUUUUUAUGUCAUUUAUGGGUUUGUUGUACUGGAUUGAAAAAAACUAAUAUUAAAUGGAAAAAUGAUUGCCUCUGAUCAACUCUGUUAAUAUUAAAUGAUGGCAAAAAUAAGAAAAACAAUUAUUUGGUUUAUUCCUUGCAGGUGCAUUUAAUCAGUAUAAGACCAAUAAUGCAUACAGAAUUCAAUCUGAAUGUGAACUAACACAGUUACAGUGGUUACGAAGCUGUGUGUGAGUGUGUGUGUGUGUGUGUUUGUGUGUGUGUAUAGGUGUGUGUGCGGGGGGGUGUGCAUGCGUGUGUGUGUGUGUUGGUAGGUGGAAGACAAAAGCAACUGUCUAUUCUGAACAUGUCCGGUAAUUUAAUUAGGGAGUCAAUGAUUACUGCCAAUUCCAUGUGGUAUAUUCUCGGAGUAGUUGUGUAAUACACAUGGCACGAUGCAUAAAGCAACAUUAAGUGUGAAAGAAGAGUAAAUACAUGGAAGUAGGUGAAACGUGAGAUUGAAACUGUGAGUGUGUUAUAACA